AUGCCAGCCCCCGACAACAUCUACCAGAACGAUGUGGACUUUACGACGCUGGCGCUGCAAUAUCCCGACUUUGCAAAAAGACUCAAACCCAACCGCCAACUCGACUUCUCCGAUCCCGAGAGCGUCAGACAAUUGACCAAAUGCCUUCUCCAUCGAGACUUUGACCUCACCGUCGACCUGCCCGAAGAUAGGCUGUGUCCGCCUGUGCCGAACCGGUUCAAUUACAUCCUCUUCAUCCAGCGCCUGCUGGACAGCACCUCCCCCUCCUUCCACCAAGGGUUCGAUCCCGACAGGCAGGUGAUUGGCCUUGAUAUUGGCACGGGCGCGUCUGCCAUCUACCCGCUCCUUGCCUGCCGACAGCGCCCUCAAUGGCGCUUCCUGGCGACCGAGAUCGACGAGAAGAACCGCGAGUACGCGCAGAGAAAUAUCCUCGCCAACGCAUUACAGUCGCGCAUCAGAUUGAUCGACACGGAUGAGAAAGGAGACCGGUUGAUCCCGACGGAUCAGCUUGAGAGAUUUGAUCGGAUCGACAUCCUCAUCACCAACCCACCAUUCUAUCCCUCAACGCAAUCCCUCGACGAAUCCGCACGGCAAAAAUCCCGUCCCCCGAAUUCCAGCUGCACCGGCGCCGCGGUGGAGAUGAUCACACCGGGCGGGGAGGUGGGCUUCGUCGCCAAACUCGUCGACGAGUCGCGCCGGCCCGCGAACCGGAGCAAGAUCCAGUGGUUCAGCGCCAUGCUGGGUAAGCUGUCGAGCGUGGGCGCGGUGGUGGAGCGGCUCCGGGAGCAGCGGUGCGGGAACUUCGCGGUGGCCGAGUUCGUGCAAGGCCAGCGCACGCGGCGGUGGUGCGUCGCCUGGAGCUGGAUGGGCUACAGACCGGCUAACGACGUGGCGCGGUCGCUCGGCGGCGGCAGCGGCGUCGAGAAGAAGCUGUUGCCCGCGAUCACGGAGGUGGAGUUUGAAGCGGCCGUGCGCGACGCCGGUGUGGAAGGCGUGCUAGAUAUGAUCGCAUCGGAGAUCAUCCAGGGCCUGGACGGUGUGCGCUGGAAGGGGGACCGCGCCAGGGGCGUCGGCAUGUUCAUGUCCCGGGACGGCGACGUGUGGAGCCGCAAGGCGAGGAGGAGGAAAAUGGCCGUCGGGCGUGAACCUGCUGCUGGACGCAAUCGCGCGUCUCACGCGAAGGAGACGGGCGGAGGAAACAAACGAGAUACAGACACGGAUAUGAAAGACGACGACGACGGCACCAACUCCAACUUGUCGUCAGACGACGAACCCGAACCAGCCCUCGUCGUCCGGAUCUCCAUCACGCCCUCUCCCUCUCCCUCUCCCUCUUCUUCCACCACAACGACGACCGGCACGGCACCGACGGCGCGGAUCCACAUGCGCCAUCUCCAGGGCCCGGACCCGGUCCUCUUCGAGAGUUUCUGCGGCUGGCUGAAGCGGAAGAUUGUGGCGGCGGCGAUGUCAUCACUACCAUGA